CGCUCGCCGUCGCCGCACCGCGCGCACCACAUUUUUACAUGGCGCUCUUCCUCCUCCAUCAUCCAUAGCAUAGGGGCCAAGAACAGAGACAGAGGAGCUAUCCAUGCUGCUCCGGCUGAAGAUCGUCGGCGGCGUCCACUCGGUGGUGCUUCCAGUUCCAGGCGGCGGCUAUGACAACCAUGGCGGCGGCGCCUGCUACGCGGCGGCAGCGCCCUGCUGCUGGCGUCGCAGCCGGCGUAGCGUCGUCGCGAGGCGGCCGAGGAGUGGGAGCGCCACGGUGGUGGUGAUGGCGCUCAAGGAGGAGCCCGACGGCAGCCGCAGCGGCUUCGCCGGCGGCGGCGGGCCGAGCUGGGACCCCGGGCUGGAGAUCCAAGUCCCCUUCGAGCAAAGACCGGUGAACGAGUACUCUGCUCUCAAGGAUAGCACCCUCUACUCGUGGGCGGAGCUGAGCCCAGGCUCCUUCUUCCUCCGGCUCGGCGGCCUCUGCCUGAUCACCUUCACUGUCCUCGCAGCUCCAAUUGCAGCCGCAAGCUUCAAUCCAGGAAAGGAUCCACUCAAGUUUGUGCUAGCAGCUGGGAUUGGGACGCUGCUUCUGGUGUCAUUGGUGGUUCUCAGGAUCUAUCUGGGAUGGAGCUAUGUUGGUGAUAGGCUGUUGUCAGCAGUGGUACCGUACGAAGAAACCGGAUGGUACGACGGCCAAAUGUGGGUAAAGCCACCAGAGGUGUUGGCUCGUGACAGGCUCUUGGGAUCUUACAAGGUAAAGCCGGUGAUCAACCUGCUGAAGCAGACGCUGGUGGGCACCGGCGCGCUGCUCGUCGGCGCCGUGUCGCUCUUCGCCUUCGCCGCGCCCGUCGAGGACUUCCUCCACGCCCUGAACCAGCCUCCCUCCGCCGCGUCGUCCAAGCCAAGCUUGAGGAAGGAGGAGCUGCUGCGGCUACCUGUGGAGGUGAUGCAGGACGACGACCUCGCCGCGGCCGCCGCGGAGGCCGCCGACGGACGGCCGGUCUACUGCAGGGACCGCUACUACCGGGCGCUCGCCGGCGGCCAGUACUGCAAGUGGGACGACCUGCUCAACUGAAAAAUACAUAGUACGCCUAGUGUUGCAAUACAUGGGCAGUUCGCCAUGUUGGUACGACGCGGCAAGACAAGAUGUAUUUGUCAGAAAUGGAAGUUUUGUGACUGAAAAUUUAAUGGAUAGCCGUUCUCCGUCGUCUCGCUUGCCACAACAAGAGUUAGGGUAUCACACGUAUAGUGAGAGAGCGGCAUACAGACCUUUCUACGGUCCACCAAGGUACCACACCAAGUAUAACAGAGUUCAGAGGUACCACAUUACGGAAGUACAACACAUUUUUCAGUAGUGUUUGGGUAUUCAAAUUCUAGAAUGUCAGAAAAUAUUUAUGGUACUAAAUAGAUCUCAUUAGAUACAUAUGAAAUGCAUUUUCAUAAUU